UCCACUGAGAAAAAUUGUGGACGCCAUUAUCAUAACUAGACCUAUAUCGAGAUAAAAUUGGCAAUUUCUUAUUUUUUCUGUCGAAUUUCUAACUAUCCUAUUUUGGAGAUAAGUUACUUUGGCGCAUCAUAAUGAUCAAAAAGAAAAGAAUAAAUAUUUGCGCUUAGAAGUAAUUGUGAUUUUUAAACAAAGAUGCCAUUUUAAAUUACAACAUUUUACAUGAGUACAUGAGUGCUUAAUAGUGCUCAAAUAAGACAAUUGGCAAAGGCUGUUUGUAGAUGCAGUCGUAAGUUCUAUGUUUGCAAAAUUUCGUCACUAGAUCCGAGUUAUCACCUCAGAUGGCACUUUGCCAAUCGCUGUAACAACUACAAACAAGUGUUGUAUUUAAGAAGAGUGUGCCACUAUUUUUUAUCAGUUGUCUUUAUUGACGACAUUGAGAAUCGCACCAUGGUCUCCUUGGUAAGUCUAACAUUUUUUUUUUACUUUUUAAAUAUAAUGGAAUAGAAGGACAAUUAUUCCAAAAAGUGUAGUCUGGAUCGAUAUAUUUAUUAAAUAAAAAUAGUAACCAUGACACCAGGGUUGAUGAGGUCUCUGCUCUCACAACCCCUACGAGAGAAGAAUAAAAAUAAAGCACAUUCCUUUCAUCAUCCAUCGUUAAUUUUGCAGAAGCUGGUUAUCUUCGCUCUGGUGGUCGCGACAGCGGCAGCUGCUGACUCCGACAAACCUGAAGUAGAAACCCUCACAGAAAAGUCUUUCGUCAGAGAAGAUGGAUAUGAUUUUGUCUACAAGACGAGCGACGGCGUAUCCCGCCAGGAAGAAGGUCAGCUAAUCACCGUGGGUGACCAGCAAGGUAUCGGCAUUAAAGGCUCCUACUCAUACGUGGCUCCUGACGGUCAGGAGUACCAAGUCACCUUCACAGCUGAUGACAAAGGCUUCAAGCCGCAAAUCCGCGUCAUUGCCCCUGGCAGUCAAUGAAAUCUAAAUUAAAUAAUUUUCUGUUAAUAUUUUAUUUUUAUUUUUCUACCGGCUUUUUGAUAAAAAAAUAAUUUUAAAUUUUCAUUUUUAUUUGGACUACCCUAGUAAGUAAAAAGUACUUCAUGAUCCUCUCCUAAACGUAUAACCUGAGUCAAAUUAAACGUUCCAUUGAAGAUUUGUAGAUACUUCACCAAUUCCGAUAACGCCUGUCGUUAUAUUCAUGUAUCCACACACCAAAACACCAGUUGAGAAAAUUGCUAUUACAAUUUUGUUGCGCCAAGUUAUGCAGCAGUCAACAUAAACAUAGACAACGUGUUUAUAUACAUCCAUGUAAUAAUAUACCUAGGUUAUCUCCCUUAUUAAUUGAGGGAAUACAAAGCACGCUACACACGUUAUAUUUUAUGACAGCGAUACAUACACAAACUCACGCCCACAAUCCGUAAUAGAAAUGGCAGAACCAUAAAUAAUCAGUAGAUAACUUGCAGGCACAAUUAAAGUCCUGAGAUGAAUUAUGUUGAGUGAUCUUAUAAGUACUUAAUAGUAAGAUACACGCCGUUUAUCCAGGAAAUUAUUUUUCAACUUUAAAAUGGAAAACGAUCCCAAAUACAAGUAAGAUCACUCUGUUCGAGGUACUUACGAAAAUAAAGCUUUUCUCAAUGGCUUCGUUUCCAUCAAACGGAUUUCACAAACUGUUACAAAGUUGAGACAUGAAUGUGAGAUUCGCCAUCUUUAUACAUUAGGUAUAUAUUGUAGAUUUAUUAUAGUAAGUAUACAUUUCACUUAUUGUUCGAACAAAUGAGGACUCACCUAUGAUGACAAAAUAAUUCAGCAAGCUUUAUCUUUGUGUUAUGAGAAGAUUAUGUUGAAAAAAAGCGGCCCGGAGGGGGUCGAUGGCGUAUUUGCUACCGCGAGCUAAAGGUAAUCAGAGAAAUAAAAUUUUGUGUUUAUUCAUAAAAACCAAGUGCUGUUAUAAUACGAAUAAAAUAAUGCUGAAAACAGACCAAUUUUUUUUUGGUAUCGCGACCCGAAUUUUUCAAAUCAACAAACAAAACUCGACCUUUAUCUGUUCUAUUACUAUUUUUUAUAAUUUCAACGUACGAUGCGAAAGAAUAUUGGUUUGCUUUCAGCUUAUAAUACAACAAGCAAGUCAAACUCUAUUGUAAAUACAAUAUAGCUAAUUAUAAUACAUGUCACGUUCUCACGGGUCUAAAAAUGAUUUUACUGUCUGCGAUUUUCAGGGUUCCGACUCUAAGUGGCAGAAACGGCAUUGCAGGAUUCAUGCCGGAUCACAUUUUGUUUGCUAUUCCUAAUUAUAAUAGUUUUAACCAGCAGUUGGGGCCAACCACAAUGGAACCUACCACUGGCUUUUGUUAUUCUUUUGGUGUCGGAGGAAAACCUAAUACGGAAACGAGGGACUUUAAACUCAACCCUCGAAUAGGUAUACUAAUUUAGAUACAUUUUUACUUGUUGCACACACACAAGAAAUAAUUAAUAAUACGUCAAGAAAGAUUACUUAUCUUACAAUUAUUGGCGGUUUCUUCUAGGCGAAAGGUGAAUACUUCAAUAAGUUUUGGAUUCUAAACCCUUGGAGCGCGAGUUUGAAUUUGCACAAAUUUAUUAUUUUGGUUUGUCUUGAAGACACUGAGAAAAUUCAAGAUUCGAAGUAACAAUUGUGUGGCUGGUCUUAAUAUAACUAGAGUAAUUUAAAUAUAAUAAAGCAAAUGUUUAUCUUCAUAAUUAUCCAUGUAAAGUUGUCUGUGAAUGCGCAA